AUGGAGACGUUAAGGCUGAAACCGCGGAAACCGGUCGAAGACGAUGUUGAAAACUGGGACGAUGACGACUUUUUAAUUGAUGGCGACGAUCUCGCCCUUCGAAAUCCUUCCGCCAUGGUCAAUGCGCCCCCGCAUCGACGAGACAGCCUGUCGUCACAUGUCUCCGUGCGGUCGGAACUAGAGUCGGUCCAAGGGGAAGAGGAAAGAGUGGUUCACCUUCCCGGCGAGGAUGAGAAGUCCACCUCGCAUGCUAUCGCAGUCGCCGCAACCGCCGGCAUCCCGAUACCAAGCAGCGUGCCCUCGACAGCCCUGGCCGGCACCAUUAAGAGACUCGGCGGCCGGAAAGUUAGGAAAAUAUUGCAGGAAGACUGGGGAGACGACCUCGAAUUACCUGACGGAUGCGAGACCCUGCGCAUCAAGACGCAGGAUCCCAAUAAUUUCCCACAGGCUCUGAGGCAGGUCAGCUCGUCAUACCUGAGCCCAGCCAAGCCGCUCAAUUCACCACCGGUGCUGCAGCCAGGACAGUCCAGCAAGACUCCCGUGCAAACCCUUGGCGCGCCCAUCAACCUGGAAAGAUUCAAAGACAGAGACGACGACGACGACUUGUUCGGGGACGGCAGUGAGACGAUCAAGGUGUCUAAGACUCGCCAACCACUCAAGCCCGCACUGCCGAGAGUACCAGCAAAAAUGCCCGAAUCACGCGGCCAGGCGGACAACGACUAUGAACAGGACCUGGAAUUGCCCUCGGACGGGACGUUGAAGCUGUCAUCCCGCCGCGACAUACCGAAGACCCCAGUCAGCGCUCACGAUGAUUUCGAUUGGGGAGAAGGAAGUCUUGGAACCCGCUUCGGAGGCACGCGGAGAGACGGCCGGUCCAACCGGAGCUCUUCUGCCUCGGCAUUCAGCCCGAGCAUCUCGAGCUCUAUCACGGCCGAGAGCGAAGAUGAGGCACAGCUGGAUGGCAUUGAGCUUCCCCAUGGACCGCUGGAUUUGAAGGAGAGGCUGAGGAGGAAGCGCCAGAACCGCUCCCCGGAGCGCACCAUUGAAGAGGAGCCCGCGCCGCCACCAAGGUCUGUACCACAGCCCGAUGCCGAUACCAAGGACUUCUUCCUUGAUUUGAACGUGGGCGAUGGUUCUGUCUUCGACUCGGGGAAGCUGAAGCUCCACACCAAUGUGAAGCUGAAGUCCGCGCGGCCUACGAGCCCCGUGCGCCCGAAAACAGCUGUAUCGCUGACGUUCACGAAUAAGCCCGUGCAGACGACAUCGCGUCUACCGCGGCCGACGAGCAGCCACCACGAGAGGACUCAUACUCAGUCGUCUCUAGAGCCUGUCUCGGAGAGCGGAGGCCCAAUUGUUUCUCGCCCGACGAGGAGGUCCCAAUCCCGGCUUGGCCACAUGUCACAGUCCUCACAAUCAUCCACCGCGAGCGGCAAUACUCCUGUCACCCCUUCCGCACCAAGCUUCUCUGGACCCACGACACCGCAGAAAAGACAGAUCGGCCAGAAAAGCUCGACCGCCUCCCUUCGAAACGAGCCGACCACCACCAAUGCUCAGCUUCUACGGCUGAAGCGGUCGCUGCCGGCCAUGAGGCCGUCUGGGUCCCCGGCAAGGCCGAUGACGGUAAGAGGCGCCGAGCGCCCUCCAUCAAGAACGGAACCGGCCUCUCGGCCUACGUCUGGCAUCAGGCCCAAGACUCCCGUCGAUCGAACCCGUCACUCUUUCGGAGAAAACUCGGCCGCACAGGCGAGAAAGCCGUUCUUGCCCGCAGGCGGCUCAAGCCUGCAGUCGUACAAUGUCAACGCCAAGAGGCAACUCCGCCGUCAUGAUUCAGACCUUUCGAACGACACAAGACCGACUUCGCGCGCGUGUCGCGGUCGACUGCACUUCGGGGACGGUCACGAACUUGACGCGUUUGACGACUUGCCGACGUCUGCGAAGACGGAAUCUGAGUUUGUCAAGCAGCCCAAAUACCCCAGCCCGCAAUACCCAACGCAGUUCCGGAACAAGGUUAUGCAGCAUUUGUUGCCGGGGAGGACGAACUCCCCUGCACCGUCCUCGCCCCACUCACCUGCAAGGCCCGACUACCAGCCCCGGUUUGCACGUGACACGGCGUCGAGCAGGAUCGCCAGGGAGACAAAUCUUGCGCAUCGACUUUCCACGAGAAGCAACUUGCACCAGCCACAACCCAGCGUCAAGCCGAAGAGGGCCGCUAAAAAGCAGCCCCAGCUUAAGCCACAUCUGAUCGCCAAUCUCAAUUCCAACAACGAGUCAAAAAUGGUCAAUGGCAUGUUUUACAACCCCGAGACUUACCAAUGGGAGGGCAAUGACAACGUACUGAACUCUUUUGACGUACCUGCAUCGUCGCCGUCGACGGUGUCGGUGCCACCCUUCUCAGUCCGGGAGAAGGAGAAUGCCACGCCCAGACCUGCACUUAUCACUAAUAUUAGUACCACGAAGGGGGUGCAGGUCGUCGGAGGCAUGGUCUUCGACCCCCAGAACAUGUGCUGGCUCAAGCUCGGGCCACAAUCAGCCCAGUCGGAGAUCACGGACCCCCUUGAGGGGUUCAAUGCCAUUGAUGACGAGGACGAUGUGUUCAAAGACAUCCCCGAUCUUGACGACAAUACUGCUGACACGACUGAGACUGGCCGCGUGAGCGAAGUCAAGGAUGACUGGCUCGUCGGCGAAGAGUUUGACGUUGGCCCCGAGUUCAUCAGAAGACAACGCGAAGAAGAGGACAGAUGGCGGAAGAAGUGCGAAAGGUGGCUCGGUCUAGGUAACCGGGAUCGCGAGGCCUGGCGAUGGACCAUUCGUGGUGUGAUCACCGAGGCCACCGAGCGGUAA